CCUCUGCAGUGCCAGAGCUGGGGGCAGAGAGGUGGGGAAGCAACCUGGAGCUGCACCCCGAAGGGCUCUGCCUGCGCCUGGGAGGAACCAGGGCGAGGAGAGGGUGCUGGGGCUGCCGUCUGCACCACGGGGACAGCUUCUUGUCUCCCAGCCAGACGUUUUCCAGGCUUCUCUGAUGACGCAGCUGGACGAAAGGCUGUCAGAUUUGAGUCUCUCUUGCCUAGCUCCCUGGCCGGACAGAGGCAGCAGGGGAGGCUCCUCCAUCCCCUAAACUUCUCUCUGAGCUGCUGAAGAUCAGCGUAGUCUUUGCUGUGAUCCCUGAGGGCCUGCGAGCAAGUUUUGAUUCGGGGGACAUGAAGCAGCAGGAGCCUUUGCUGCAUGCAGCUGGUUGUGGAAUCGGACUAAUGCAAAUAUCCGAGGCUUGCAAAGACCAACCCGUGUUUUAGGUUAGGGCUGCAAUUAGGCCGGCCGUGUGAGCAUAGAGGCUAUUGACACAGCUCAGCUGAAGUGUGGGAACUUGCGCUGAGUGGUUGUAGGUGUCUAAUUACCCACAACUUCCCACUUAAUAUAACUACAUAAAUCACAGAGCUGAAGUUUGCAGUGAAAUUUCACGGGGUUCUUUCUGAAGAUGGUUUUCGAACGUUUCGCUGGCAGUUAUCUGGGUCUGGUUUGGACAGCGUGAAGACGUCCGGGGUUAACAGCAAGCUUUGUUCAUGGUCAAAUUAUUUAAUAAUAAUAGCUCAAAUUUCUUGGAAUUCCUUGGAAGCGUCUGGUUCUGUCUGCUGCUGCAGAGAGGAUCCUGCCCUUGAUGAAGUUCUGGGCUAUUUUCGUCUGGCUGGUUCCAGGGUUUGUCUUGCUGCAGGGUAUUUAGAUGUUGUUUGGGGUUUUGGUUGUAAUUGUAAUGCCCUCCUCUUUGCUGAAGCGCAGCCCCCUCUGGGUGGAGUAAAUCUAUCUCCUGGUACACAGAAAAAUGCCAGAAGGGAAAAAUUCAAGUGGGGCAAUUAAGUUUGUAUCCAUGGAGUGCCAUGGGAGGGCCCUCGCUUUUAAGUUCUCAUAUAUCUGGCUCCGCUCUAUAGACGGACAUUUAAGAAUGAGAAGUUAAAUGCCCUUUCCCCCAAAUUUUCCACUUGAUGACUAACUUGAUUGUAUGGUUUAAUCUGCUACACACUGCUAACCACAACCAACAGCGAUUUAACAACAGAGGAAGAGCAAACAGAGAGCUUCACCGUGUUUUGUUCUCUGACAUAUACUGACAGCAGCUACGCCAUUUCCUGAGUUUCUAGUCAUGCAAUUUUCCUUCAGGUCUUGCAUUAAAAGGCUCCUGCAGGCCACUUUAGCCACCUGCAUGGAUUGGGUUGUUAGUCCUGCCCAGGGGAGGUGGACAUGUUCCUGGUGUAAAGCAGCAUCCGAGCCUCUCCGACCCACCUCCCCCGGCACGUCGUGGGCCAGGGUGUUGAAAACCCCAACUCGGUGUCUUUACCAGCUUAUCCUGCUUGAGGGCACGCCACAUUUCUGCACUGGGGUUGGGUUAUUUCUUUAAAAGCUCAGACUUGGGUUGAUGUGGAAGAGAAAUAAAUGGCUGAACACUUACAGAGGAGAAGGAUAAAGUGAACCUGUUCCAAGUGGUUCCUCAGCAGCCUCGUGCAGCUCUUCCCGCUACCUGCGAAGGUUGCUGCCCCCUUCAGUUAGGCUGGUAAAGCUUCAAUCUUUUAAUGGUGGCAGGAGGGGAGGAUUUCACUAAAAGCCUGGUUAGCCCAGCAGUGUGGAGCCUGUCCCCGUGAGCAUCUGAAGCAGCGAUCCGCUACGCUGGACAGCCGAUGACUGGUGCAAACCGAAGCGAUCUGAACCUUAACUGGUCUGUGUUGUCUUCUGAGACUUGAACUUAAAGUAAAACCAUAUGAGGAAACAAAGAUCAAAAAACCACUGAAGGCAACAGAAUAAAUCCAGUCUCAAGCAGACAGCUGGACGAGCGUCAAACAAAGGGAGGAACAGCUGGAUCAAAGAGACGGAAACACGGAGAAGCUGAAGAAAUGGAGCCACUAGCAAAACUCCUCCUGUGGCAGCUUGUGCUUCAGCAAAGUUCUGUUGUUUAUUUAUAUUCAGUCCCAGCCGAUGCCUCCAACCCCAACAGCGUUGUCGUGUCCGUGCUGAACAUCAGCGCCACGCUGGGGUCGCAGGCUGUCCUGCCCUGCAAGAGCUACCGCAUGGUGUGGACCCAGGAUCGCCUGAACGACCGCCAGCGCGUGGUGCACUGGGACGUGUACAGCACCUACUACGGGGACAACAAGAUGGAGAGGCUCUGUGACAUGUACUCGGCGGGGGAUCAGCGGGUGUACAGCUCCUACAACCAAGGGAGGAUCUUCAUGCCGCAGAACGCUUUUACAGACGGCAACUUCUCUCUGGUGAUCAAAGAUGUUGCAGAGAGUGACGGAGGCAUAUACUCGUGUAAUCUCCACCACCACUACUGCCACUUGUACGAAACUGUGAAAAUCCAACUGGAUAUCACCAAGAAAGCCAAAGCGGCAAAGGAGUACUGGGAUGGGGAGAAGGCCGUGAUCGUUGCCCUGGAAGGCAGCACGGUGAUGCUUCCCUGCGUGAACAGGAACCACAUCUGGACGGAGCGGCACAGCGAAGAGGAGCAGCAGGUGGUCCACUGGGACAGGCAGCCCCCGGGGGUUCCCCACGACCGCGCCGACCGCCUCAUCGAUCUGUACGCCUCCGGCGAGCGCCGCUCCUACGGCCCGCUCUUCAUUCGUCAGAAGAUGAACAUCACUGACACGGCCUUCGCCCUGGGGGACUUCUCCCUCCGCAUUUCAGAGCUGGAAAGCGCGGACGAGGGCACUUACUCCUGCCACCUGCACCACCACUACUGCGGCCUGCACGAGAGGAGGAUCUACCAAGUCUUCGUGACAGAGCCGGUGAGGGAGAAGAAGGUGGUGAACCUCACAACCCACAACACUGCCCCAGCCCUCGAUCCCAAUGUUGUCAGGGGCCACAACGUGAUAAACGUCAUCAUCCCCGAGAGCCGCAUCCACUUCUUCCAGCAGCUGGGCUACGUCCUGGCGACGCUGCUGCUCUUCAUCGUCCUCCUCAUCAUCGUUGUCCUCAUCACCCGCAAGCGCCGGCAGAGAGGCUAUGAAUACAACGUGAAGAAAUAUGGAGAGAAGGAUGUAAAUCUUAAAGAAUUUACAGUCGACACGACAGAUCUGACUCAGUACAGAAGUGAAGACAUCAGGCUGGAUUACAAAAACAACAUCCUGAAGGAGAAGGCUGAGCAAGCCAGAACCUUCCCAGCAAAGAACAUCGACUUAGACAAAGAUUUCAGGAAGGAAUACUGUAAAUGAAGACAUUCCCAAGCUGCUGGCUGGACCAGAAGCUUCAAUCAAAGAUAGAUAAAUGGAAAAGAGAUGCCUUUUCUUGAUAUCAUGUCCCUCCAGUUACCAUACAUUUUUCAUGUAGAGUUUCUCCCCAGUAAGCACAAGGGUAUUUGCAAAUGCUUCCCAAAAGAGUUAGACCAUCUGUCUUGUGUGCACUUAUGAUGGGUUUUGGUUUACUUUUCUUCUUUUGUUCUCCCAGUCCUCCCUUCCCUUUUUCUUUCUGAUAUUAUUGUUGUUUUUAUGCAUCAAUGAUUUUUAUGAGCUGAAUCAGCAGACCUUUUGCUUUGACGUUACUGCUUAAAAUAAACCAACCUGCAUCACUA